UCCGCGCGGUGUGGAGCGGACGGUGCUCGGCUGCUGGGACAAGUUGUAACGCCGGGACACGGAGAACAGCACCGGGAUGGUAUGAGAGAGCCCAUAUUGGCUUGGACGAGAGCCAGCUGUGUCAGGUUUUCAUGGGACCUUCCGCUGCCGGCAAGCUCAAGGAGAACUCUCGAUGUUGAAGCAUACAGAAGAGACGCUGUCACGGAGCGAUAAAAGCAUUCAUGCAAGCUGCGAUGGGACACAGUAAGGCUGUGGACGUGAUAAGAAAUCUCUGCAGUGCUCCUUUUCAAUCACAGCCCCAACACUAGGCAGUAGAGAAGUCCAUUAUCUACGAUUAAUGACAGCCGUGUUGCGGAGGCAGCCUCAAGCUGCACCGCCAGAUCUGAGACAACCCAUGGAGGCAUGGCCUCAACGUUUCCAACGCUGCUGCCACUAACUCCAGCCGAGUGAACAGCAAUGCCUUCUAAGGUCUCCUGCUUAUACUUGCUGACAGUGGUUUGCUGGGCCAGCGCUCUGUGGUACCUGAGUGUGUCCCGCCCCUCCACUUCCUACCAGCUGGCUAUCCCUUUACGCAAAGCAUCCAAGGAGAACAAGAACGGCACCUUCAGCAACAUCCGCACGCGCUCACUCAACCCGCACGACUUCGACUACCUCAUUAACGAGGCCAAGAAGUGCGAAGCGGAGCCGCCCUUCCUCGUCAUCCUGAUCAGCACCACCCACAAGGAAUUCGACGCCCGUCAGGCCAUCAGAGAAACAUGGGGUGAUGAGAGCUCGUUCCCCGAUAUGCGCGUGGUCACGCUCUUCUUAUUGGGCCGCAGCACUGAUGUUGUCCUCAACCAGAUGGUGGAGCAGGAGAGUCAGAUCUUUCAUGACGUUGUAGUGGAGGAUUUUAUCGACUCUUACCACAACCUGACGCUGAAGACGCUGAUGGGCAUGCGCUGGGUUGCCACUUUUUGUUCUAAGGCUCAAUAUGUCCUUAAGACAGACAGCGACAUCUUUGUCAACAUGGAGAACCUCAUCUUCAACCUCCUGAAGCCCACCACCAAGCCCAGGAGGAGGUACUUCACCGGCUACGUCAUCAACGGUGGCCCGAUCAGGGACAUGCGCAGCAAGUGGUACAUGCCCAGGGAUCUGUACCCUGACAGCAAGUACCCACCCUUCUGCUCCGGCACCGGCUACGUCUUCUCCGCGGACGUGGCCGAGCUCAUAUACAAGACCUCUUUACACACCAGGCUGCUGCACCUGGAGGACGUGUACGUGGGCGUGUGCCUCCGAAAACUGGGCAUCCACCCCUUCCAGAACAGUGGCUUCAACCACUGGAAGAUGGCCUACAGCCUUUGUCGCUACCGCCGGGUGGUCACCGUCCACCAGAUCUCCCCCGAGGAGAUGCACCGCAUCUGGAACGACAUGACCAGCAAGAAACACCUGAAAUGUUAGCAGGACUGUGGGAGGAAUUGAAUGUUCCUUUAUCACCUGUGUCUCCAUCAUUGGCAUUGGUAAACACUACAGCACGUAGCACUGUGCUCAAGGAAGAGGAUCGAUGGAUUGUCCAGGAUUUUGUCCGGGCACUGAUUGCUUUGCCAGGAGUCUCGAUAGUUUAAAGCCAGAGCAAACUCCUCUGACAAAACAGGCACAAAGUUGUUCUAAAUGUUCAGAUGGUUGGUUGUCAUUGCCAGCAGCACUAUGAUUUGUUUAGGAAACUACAAGACAGGAAGCUUAGCGGCCUGCGUUGAACUACUCAUGUAUACAAGAUAGAUACAGAUUACAUAAAUGCCAACUCACUUCUUUGAACGCAGACAUUCGCCUGUUGGGUUGAUCACAAACUUUAAUAUGAAUGUUCUCAUGUAUUUUAAGUUGUUGUACAUUCUGAACAACGUGUUAAUGGAUAUACUGUCUGGCACUGCGGCAGCUGUCGUCAUUGUGAGGACCGUGGUGAGUUUACAGUGUAACGACUCUUUUAAAUCGGCUGAACCCUGUGGAUCAUGUUGCUCUUACUCUAGGAAAGCAGUGCAAUCUGAAGUAUUAAUGACGGGACCUGUUUGCCUCUGUAAUAUUCCUUUCAGAAUCCGACAUAUUUUCUUACAGAAGAUCCACACAUCUUUGUAUCGUGCAAUGAAAAGAUAUCGGCUGCUUGCAUUCCCAUGUGAAUGUCACUUCUGUUAAUGUGUAAUGUGCAGUUAUGUGUCCCAGGCAGUGCUGUGAGGAGGCUGCAGACUAUUCUAUUUUCUAUUACUUGAACAUGAACAUGAAGGAGAACAGAUGUACUGUAAGAGCAGUGAGAACAAAUCAGUGCUUUCUUCUUUUCAAUUACUUGAGAUCAAAUAAAGCGCUUUUAUAAGACCUG